GCGCUCUGUCAGCGGUCGGCCGCCGCUGGCCCCGCAGAGCCGUUUUGGCUCGGGCGCGGGCCGCGCGGCGCGCGCCCCUUAUAGGGGCUGCUCGCUGCGCCCCGUUUCGGCUGCAGGCGCCCCUUCCCUCGUCGAAUGCCAGAAGCCGCACCCGCGGCGGCAGCCGUAGGCGCUGCUGCGUCUUCGAGGCCAAACGGGGCGCCAGGACGCUCGAUCUUGGUGGGCGGCGCCCGCGGCAGAGCUCCGCGGGGCUCGGAGGAGAGGUCGCGCAGGGUCCGCUGGAGCAGCCCUCUGGCUGUGGCGACGGCGGCGCCGCCUGGGCCACGGUGUAGCCGACGCAGCCGACGCUGGUCUCGGCGGGGCUGCGGCUGGUCCAGCAGCGACAGCGACACCGGCUCCAGCGCUGGGAGCAGCGUGGGCAGUGACAGUGAGGCCAGCGACCUCCCCGAGCCUGGCACCUGCGGCCCACCAGUCACGUUCUGGCAGCCCGAGCCGGGCGCUUUUCUCGAGUGCCAGAGACCGGUCCGAAUGAGGAGCGGCCAGGCCCUGUCGAGCGCCAUCGUAGCCGACGUGGAUGUCGACACCGUCGUGGAGGUGUUGGACGUCUGCCCGAGCAGUGGCGCCGGCGACGAGGGCGUCGGGACCCGGCUCAGGGUGCGAAUGCGCAGCGGCGGGGCAGCGCUCGGGCAUCCGGAGGCGGUGAUGAAGACACCCUUCGGCUUCGAGGGCACCAUUGCUGGCUGGGUCAGCCUUGCCUCCCAGAGAGGCAUACUCCUGUGGCGAGAGGCCGAGCCGAGGGGGGUGUCACACCAGGACCAAGCCCGCACGCACCGGCGCCGACCUUGUGCAAACGCCAUGACCUGUCAGUGUCCAGACCUGGCCAAGAUGGGGCAGGGUCUCGCGAAGUCGGCCAGGGAGCUGGAAGUCGCAGACUGUCAAGAUGCGAACGGAGGGCACUCCAGCGAGACAGAGUGUCCUGAUGGCCCCGAAGUGCAGUACACUGGUGAGUCCGAUCUCGGAGCGUGCUUCGGCGAGGCGGACGAGCCGACUGCGCAUUCCAGUCCGCGCGUCGAAACCGAGCAGUAUCGAGAGAUCGGCCCCCAGCUGCCAAAUGCGUCUUACCGCAGCGGCAUGCUCAUCAAGUGCCCUGGGUACGUGGUCGUGCGCAAGGAAGAGUCCAUGGACCCCGUCGAGAGCGCGCUCGUCGGGACCUUGCCGCCCGGAACUCAGGCAAAGGUCAAAGGCAGCAACUUACAAGUGUUCCGAUGAUUCAGAAACCACCCACCCCUGCUCGCGUUGGCCCAGCGUUUCUUCAGAGGCUUGAUGGCUGGCCCAGGCUGGCCCAGCGUUCACAUUGUCAUGGCUUCUUGAGGGCGACUUCUCCAAAUCAUGGCCUUGGGCGCUGUGAUCCUACCCCGAUUGUUGCCUUCCUCUUCGUAUUUCACAUGCUCUUCCCCACCCUUCCUACAGCAAUAUUGGUAGGAAGGAGGGGGAAGUAACAAUGACUUGCUGGCUGUUCAAGAGGUGCUUGCACUUGGGUCUGGAUGCACAGGGAAGCGGAUCAAGAUCAGCGCAGACGGAGUGGCGGGUUGGGUGAGCGUCAUAUCUUUGAUCACUGGUGAUCCUCUGUGGCAAGCCAGCAAUGGUGCAGAACAAGAAGCUUUGUCCAGCAGAUGAGUCCCACACAGAGCCAACUCAUUGCUGUCGGCUUCGAUCAGGGAUGUGCACGGCAGGUCUCAGCACAUUGGUCAAGAUUGCUAUCCCGUAGCUUCUGUUACGUGUGAUCUAGCACUUCGUCUUCGUUUGAACUUGUCACCGUCUGUCUGUUGUGCCCCUUUCCCCGCGGAUCAGCAGAGGCAACGUCCCUUUCUCAACGGGUCGUCCUCUUACCCCCCCUCCCCUGUUCCUCCAAAGUCUGUUGUAUAAGAGAGACAGGAUUAGCCGUGAUGCAAGCGGCUUCGCCAAAAAGAGUUACGAGGGUCAUCUCAGAGGUGC